CAUAUGUUGCGGCACAGCAGUGCUGCAAAGCGUAGUAUGACCAUUUUGAGUCAACUAUUUUGACACUUCCGCCGGUCGCAACUGUCAAAAUUCUUUCUUUUCGUUGUUUUUUCGACGGUAGUUUGGUCCCGCACAACCAACCAAGAUGAAAUUGAACCAGUUUGUGUCGUCGUCGCGCAGGAAGAACCGCAAGCGUCACUUCCAGGCUCCCUCCCACAUCCGCCGUCGUUUGAUGUCCGCCCCUCUGUCCAAGGAGCUGCGUCAGAAGUACAACGUGCGCUCGAUGCCCAUUCGUCGCGACGAUGAGGUUCAGGUGAUCCGUGGCCACUUCAAGGGCAACCAGGUGGGCAAAGUGGUCCAGGCCUACCGCAAGAAGUUCGUCGUCUACGUGGAGAAGAUCCAGCGUGAGAACGCCAACGGCACCAACGUCUAUGUGGGCAUCCAUCCCAGCAAGGUGCUGAUCGUCAAGCUCAAGCUCGACAAGGAUCGCAAGGCCAUCCUCGAGCGUCGCAGCAAGGGACGCUUGGCUGCUCUGGGCAAGGACAAGGGCAAAUACACAGAGGAGACUGCCGCUCAGCCCAUGGAGACAGCGUAAGCAACAACAACAACAGACAAGAGUAACAGGAGCAACAACAACAACGUCUCUGUUUACAGUUACAGUUUACCGUAACGCUUAUAGUGUGAAUAAUGAGAAAACAAAAAGUGUGAAGUGAGAAAAUUACACAAUUCUUUUAUACAAUAAAGAAGAGUUCAAUUUUCCCAAAAAUUUGUAAA